UUUACAUUUGCAAACACGUGCUUCCGGUUAAUACCAAAACAUUUACAAGAUAAUGGAUAAAGCUGUUGAUGAUUGUAUUGCUGUUGACUGUGAUGAAAUAGAGGGUAGCUCAGUAAAGGUAGCCAAUGAGGAUGGUGGAGACAUAAUUAAUGUAGAUAGAGGUCAAGUAUUAAUCUCUGAUGAAGAGGGAGAAUCACAUGAUGUUCAAAGGGAACAAAACAAAACGGAAAAGUUGCAAAAAAUUAGAGAAAAUUUGAACAAGCUAAAGGAAGUGAUUGCAAAGGGGAACGACUCUGAUGAUUCAGCUGUUGUUUUAGAUAGUCCUAGUAAACUCCUAGUCGUAGAUUCAGAAGUCACAAGUAUGGAAAUAAACAAACAGAGCAACGUACUAAUUGAUGAUUCUGUUAAUAAAACAAAUGACAGUAGCAUGCAGAAAAACUGUCAAAUAAAUACUAGUUGUAUUAGUAGUGAGAAGAACGAAUGUAAAGAGGACAAUGAACAAGUUUUGGAAUCUCCUGAUGGUGAAACCAAAUCGUCAGAACCAGUAUCCACGGAAAUCUCAUCAAAACAAUCUGAUGCCAUGACCAUUGUGACAGUUAAAGUAGAACCUAUUGAUGAUGAUUGUAUCAUCACCAGUCAGAUUGACCCUGGACAGUACCGUAUAAAAGUGGAGCCUGAAUCUGAUGUAGAAAAUAACAUAUCUAGUGAUUCUACUUCAUCGUCAUCUUCAUCAGAGUCUGAAGAUGAAGCAGAACAAGCUAAGAAACCACAGAGUAGAUCCAGACAUUCCAGUACUUCAUCAUUGACAGAUAAACAGAUCAAACUGUGUAAGGAAGAAAUCAGAACAAAAGGAGAAUUAUUUCCUGAGGACUUACCUCCCUUAGAAGAUUUAGCUAUAACAGUAGAUGAAUCUGUACAGCUGAUACAUAUUGGGGAUGUUACCAGUGUUAUAGGAGUGUUAGUUGUGGUACAAUCAAAUGAUAAUAUGCCGCCAUUGAAUGAAGACACAAUUCUAUUUUUAGAAGGAAGAGCAGCUUGUGGAAAGAUCUUUGAAGUGUUUGGACCAGUAGCGCUACCAUGGUAUUCAGUAAGAUUCAACUCACUUGAAGAUAUCACCAACAAAGAGGUUUCCAUAGGAACAAAGAUGUACUGUGCCCCUAAAGUGGAUCAGUAUACAAAUUAUGUAUUUGUAGAACAUUUGAAACAAAUAAAAGGUUCAGAUGCAUCUUGGGAAGACAACAAUGAACCACCCGCUAAGUUUGUAGAGUUCUCAGAUGAUGAGGAAGAAAAACGAGCUAAAGCCAAGCAUAGAAAUAAAAAGCAACAAGAAAAUGCUGAUGUUGAUCAACUUCCUGGUGCUAAAAAUAGCAGGAAGAAAAAGUUUAGACAGUCAAAUGAAGUUACCAAUGAACCACAGCAAACUGGAAACAGUAAUUUCAAUCCUGGUGCUCAAAGACAUCAAGGUCCAAGAAAGUUUGCUCCAUUUGGUGGACAGCAUAAUAAAUUUCAACCAAGAGGUCCUCCAAACCAUAACAACCCAAGGUUUCCUCAUCAACCACAACAUCAAGGAAACAGGCCUCGAUUCAAUGCCAGUAAUGGGCCAAGUAAUGUCAAUCAAGGAGGACAAACUUUCAGUGGAAACUCUGGACCUUUUAAUCAGCCUCCUCGUAAUAAUGCCUAUGAUUUCCAGCCACCACAGGGAAACAAUUCGGGGCAGAUGAUGUUUAAUCAAGAUCUUAGUAAACCUCCGCCAAACUUCAGUUUUGGAUCUAACCAAUGGAGUAAUACAAAUGCUCUUCAAAAGACCAGUAACUGCCAACCAUUUGGAGCCUCAAAGAGUAAUAUUACUUUCAAGCAGAACUCUAAUAGUAAUGCAUCUGAGCAAGCAUGGCAAGGACACAAUCAUACUAAACAAAAUAAUGCACCUUUUCAAACAGAUAAUAGUAAUUGGCAACAGCUUGCCACCAAUAAUCAAUCUACUGAUAAUUGGCAACAAUCAGUUUCAAACCAGCAGACAAGUGAUAAAUGGCAACAACCUGUCACAAAUCAUCAACCUGGUGGUAAUUGGCAAGCACCUGCGGGUUGUAGUGAUUCAGGUGAUUCAAACUGGCAAGCACCUUCAAGGUCUUCUGACAAUACAAACUGGCAAGCACCUUCAAGGUCUUCUGACAAUACAAACUGGCAAGCACCUUCAAGGUCGUCAGGUUCUGACAAUACAAGUUGGCAGGAACCUUCAAGAUUUUCAAGUUCUGCAAAUACAAAUUGGCAAGCACCUUCAAGACCUUCAGGUUCGGACAAUUCAAAUUGGCAGGCACCAUCAGGGCCUUCAAGUUCUGAUAAUAAUAUGUGGCAAGCACCUGAAUGGUCUUCAAAUCCUAAUAAUACAAAUUGGCAGGCACCAGGAAGGCCUUCAAAUCCUAACAAUACAAAUUGGCAGGCACCAAAGUCUUCAAAUCCUAACAAUACUAGUUGGCAGGCUCCAACCAGAACUUCAGAUUCUGACAAUACAAGCUGGCAAGCACCUACACCAAGAAAUAACUCUAAUUACGGUGUUCAAAAUGAUCAAAAUUCUGGUUCUUAUAUUCCCUAUCAGAAUAGUAAUUUUUCACAAGGACCUGCUCCAACAUCUUACGAUAACAAUCAGACAAUGAUCAAUAGAAAUACAGAGAAUAUUAUGUGUAAUAAUAGUGUUAGCCAGGGACAGACUGGACAGAACCCCAGUAGAUCUGUCGUUGACAAUCGUUACAUACAGAAUAUAGAAUACAACAAAGGCAGACAUCCAACACCCUUUCAAAAUAAUCAACCAAGUUUUGGUGGAGGACCACAGUUUAAUAACCAACCUUAUUGAUGUCAAAUGAAUUCUUCAGUACAUUGUGAAUAAAAUUUUAUACUCAA